AUGGCCAUCAAAUACCUGAUCCUGCUCUCGCGGCAGGGCAAAGUCCGCCUAGCCAAGUGGUUCACGACGCUCGCGCCCCGGGAGAAGGCCAAGAUCGUGAAGGACGUCUCGCAGCUGGUGCUCGCCCGCCGAACGCGCAUGUGCAACUUCCUCGAAUACAAAGACACAAAGAUCGUCUACCGCCGAUAUGCCUCCCUCUUCUUCAUCGCCGGCUGUGACUCCACCGACAAUGAACUGAUCACCCUCGAGAUCGUGCAUCGCUAUGUCGAGCAGAUGGACAAGUACUACGGCAACGUGUGCGAGCUGGACAUCAUCUUCAAUUUCCAGAAGGCCUACUUCAUCCUCGACGAGCUCCUGAUUGCUGGAGAAUUGCAGGAGAGCAGCAAGAAGAAUGUGCUCAGGUGUAUAGGCCAGCAGGACAGCCUGGAGGACAUGGAGGCCGAGGAUGACAUCGUCACCAAGAUCAUGUAG